CUACAUACUAGAGCAUAACAUCACAUUUUGAAUCAUUUACGCAAUGGACUGGGAGUCUGACCACGAGUUUGGCGACGAGGGCGAAAUCGAAAGCUGCAAACCCGAGGCGAAUGCGCUGGAACUUUCACACAGAAUCGUUCUUCGUGGGCUGAACAUACACCAAAUCCCAAUCUACUUCAACGAUCUAGAACUGGACAUCCACUUUGAUGUUCAGUGGCAGAGCAAGAACUCAGUUACACUUAUAUUCGAAACGACGGAGAAUGCAGCUAAGGCAUUCAGCCUUCUCUCCUCGGACGCGGUCGAUAUGUCUUGCCUCGAACCACUUCAAUUCGUCCCGGCUAAGCCCUUCUCAGGGCUGCAAGUACGCUUUGCUGAUUCCAAUGAUCGGAGAUCAACUGACCGGAUUCGCUGGCCCGGUGGUCGAACAAGGGACUUGUACCAUCAAGGUAGGCAUGAUGGGUUUGAAAGGGGGCUGGGUGGUCGCGGUGGCCGGGGUCGAGGCCGAGGGGGGCAUGGUAGAGGGUGCGAGGCAUCUCGGUUGGUUUUAAGCGGCGAUGGCAUAUCACUUGCGAAGGCGUAUUAUUCAUGGACGACCCGCAUCGUUCCGCGGCAGCUGAGACGGCCGCGGCACGCCAGCUUUGAUGCUGCUGCUUCCGAGAUACGACAGCUAUGGACAAUGCAAGAGGAGCAGCGCUUCUUGCCUCGACCUGUCGCCUGCCUCGCCCUCGUCGAGAAAAUUGAGCUGGUCGAGGAGCACGCGGGGAUUACAUACGUGCGCAAGAACGGGCAGUUUAUUGAAGAUUAG